AUGGCCUCUUUCCAGGAUCGUGCUCAGCACGCCAUUGCCCAGCUCGACAAGGAGCUCUCCAAGUACCCUGUCCUCAACAACUUGGAGCGUCAGACCUCCGUCCCCAAGGUCUACGUGAUCCUUGGCCUCGUCGGCAUCUACUUCUUCCUGGUCUUCUUCAACAUCGCCGGUGAAUUCCUCGUCAACCUCGCUGGUUUCCUCAUCCCUGGAUACUACUCCCUGAACGCUCUGUUCACCGCCGGAAAGGCCGAUGACACGCAGUGGUUGACGUACUGGGUUGUUUACGCUUUCUUCACCGUCGUUGAGAGCGCCAUCUCUGCUCCCUACUGGUUCCCCUUCUACUACAUCUUCAAGUUCGCCCUUGUCCUCUGGAUGUCUCUCCCCCAGACCAACGGUGCCCAAAUUGUCUUCCACUCCUUCAUCCAGCCCGUGCUCGGCCGCUUCUUCCAGGGCGGUUCCACCUCGGCCAACCUCCGCGCUCAGGCCGAGGCUGCCGCCAAGGACCAGUAA